CGAAACACAGAGAAAGAGAAAUGAGAAAAGAGAAAAGAGAGGAAGGAAAAAAAUAACAGAGUCGGGAAUGAUUCAAAGACCGAAACAUUCAACAGCGACGCCAUCUCUAAAACGGUGCGUUUUGCUCUCCGCGUUCCGUUCCCCAACCCUAACCCUAAUCCUGCCGUCGAACACCCUCCGGUCGCGCUAAAUCCAUCCAUUUCCCGGUCGAUCUACGGAAAAGAAGACAAAGAAGGAGGAGGAGGAGGAGAAUAAGCGAUCUUGAAGGGCUUUUUUGGAUCGCAGGGAAAUAUUUUUUUGGUGGUUUUGAAAGGGGAAAAACGAUGCCGUCACAUGCGGAUCUGGACCGUCAGAUCGAGCACCUGAUGGAGUGCAAGCCUCUGUCGGAGGCGGAGGUGAAAGCGCUGUGCGAUCAGGCGCGGACGGUUCUGGUUGAGGAGUGGAACGUGCAACCGGUGAAGUGCCCUGUCACCGUCUGCGGCGACAUUCACGGCCAGUUCUACGAUCUCGUCGAGCUAUUCCGCAUAGGUGGCAAUGCUCCUGAUACCAAUUACCUCUUCAUGGGUGAUUAUGUAGAUCGCGGGUACUAUUCUGUGGAGACUGUUACACUUCUGGUUGCCUUGAAAGUCCGCUACAGGGAUAGAAUUACACUUACCAGGGGAAAUCAUGAGAGCCGUCAAAUUACUCAAGUGUACGGCUUCUAUGAUGAAUGUUUAAGAAAAUAUGGAAACGCCAAUGUCUGGAAAUACUUUACUGACUUGUUUGAUUAUUUACCUCUGACUGCCCUUAUUGAGAGCCAGAUUUUCUGCUUGCAUGGAGGUCUCUCACCUUCUUUGGAUACAUUAGAUAAUAUCAGGGCAUUGGAUCGUAUACAAGAGGUUCCACAUGAAGGACCAAUGUGUGACCUCUUAUGGUCAGAUCCAGAUGAUCGCUGUGGAUGGGGAAUAUCUCCACGAGGUGCUGGUUAUACAUUUGGACAAGAUAUAGCUGCUCAGUUUAAUCAUACCAAUGGUCUCUCACUGAUAUCUAGAGCACACCAGCUUAUUAUGGAAGGAUACAAUUGGUGCCAGGACAAGAAUGUGGUGACUGUAUUUAGCGCUCCAAAUUACUGUUACCGAUGUGGGAACAUGGCUGCAAUAAUGGAAAUUGGAGAGAAUAUGGAGCAGAAUUUUCUGCAGUUCGAUCCAGCCCCCAGGCAAAUUGAGCCUGACACUACACGCAAGACUCCAGAUUAUUUUUUGUAACUUCAUAUAUCUGCCUGUUAGUAGUUAUCGCUUUCUGCUGUUACUGUAGAUUUGUCUUUAAGAAAAGACGAGUUUCACUGUUUAAGUGGAGGGGUGUUCAUCAACAUAAUUCUUUGUUUUGGAGUUACAUGCUGCUGCUGCUGCUACUACCUUAUUUGCGCAAGAAAUCUAUAGGAGAACUGACACAAGCCACCAAUUGGGAUUGUAUAUUUUUGGGGAGGAAGCGGCAAUAACAUGGUAUAUCUUGUUCUGUAAUUUUUUUUCUUUUUUAUUAAAUCUCAAGUUAGAGAAGUGAUUUUUGUGUCCUGACAAUGAUGUUCAUUUGAGACUCGAGGCCAAAUGAAAGUGCAGGUAUUCAUUCUGCAUGAUUGAAUUAUAUAAUGGUAGAAGGGUGAAAAAGGUUUUCAAA